CUCACUCACGUGCCAUGCGAUACGCGGCGCAAAAACCCUCAUUGAUGUUCUGUUUCAUCAAGCUUCUGAAGGUUUUACACUGGCUUCUAUAGGCAGCCGGUAUAGAAGCCGUGUUAGACGACUCAGCAGACACAAGUUGCCGUCGCAGCUGAACUUAUUUUGGGGUGAUGAGCGCGAAACACCGCAGUGUCUGGUGACCCACGUGAUUUACUGAACUGUUGGUGAAUCUUCAUAAAUACUGGUUUGCUACCACCAAGCAGAAUCGGAAAUUCGUGUGCAGCUCCAGUCCAUGUGCACAUAAAUUGCCCACGGAGGAAGCAAUGCCACCUGAAUUAAUACCCGUUCAUAGACUGUCCUUUAGCGGUUUGUUGCUCCUCUUAGUAUCAGUAUGUUCUGAACCUUCUACGUCAUCCGCUAGCUUCUCAACGCCAUUCAACACCCCUGACAAUGUCGAAAUGACCAUUUCAAGCUUAUCCACGGCAUCUCAAGGAACGACUUAUUUGGAGAUGACGUAUAAAUCGCGCUUGCCUAUGUCUACUACCCUGCCCGCAACUCUGGAUAUAGGAAUCACUUCAAACGUCACAAUGACAGCCGAGUCGACGGAAAGCUCUUACGAACAAGCAGACAAAGAAACAGAUGUAACUGCCGUUAUGGUAAGCACCCCGAUUUUGGCAAAGUUCACGAACUCUGAAUGGUCGCAAGCGAUGAGGACAGAAGAAAAGACAGCAACUUACUCAACAACAGAGCCAACCACCGGAAGCCUCCAGGACAACAUGACCACAGUAUCCACCACAGAGUCUAUUCCAACUUCACGGUUGAUGCCACUAGCGACAAAUCCACCCCCGAAGAGGUCAAAGUUUACCGACGCCAUCCGGACCGCUAUUAAACAGUUCAUGUCUACAGCAGGCAGUGAACUGACGCGGAAACUCCUACAAGCUGACAUAUCUACUGACUGUACCUUGGGCUUGCUACAGUUCACGCGAGCCAUCCAGGAGCUCGAGCCCUGGGCCAUGAGAUUAAUCGACGCUACGGCCAAGUACCCGACCGGCUUACUUCAGGCUACUGUGUCCGACCUGGGUGCCUACGAUGAGUGCAUUGAGACCGUGGUACGAUACGAGGACGGCGUAAAGAAAGUGCGUGGCCAGUACUGCGACGUGCACCUGUCAUUAGGCGAUGACAAUUUAUUAGUUGAAGACUUGGUACCGGCCCUUCUCUAUUCCCACAGCAGGCUACGAGCAACGAUGUCAGAGAAGCCAUCAAUACAACUGUAUCAGCUUCAGCAACCGCCACCGCUGGACUUUGACCGCAUGUCAGAGUGGCCGGUAUGGAUCGAGCACUUCGAUGAUUACCUGUUUGCAACGGGACCGAAUGAACGCUCCGGGGAGGCCCAGGUUCGCACGCUGCUCUACACAAUGCGAUGGCCAGGAGAGUCCGUAGAGCAGUUCGUCACUGCGCAGCAUGUCUUGGCGGACCGUUGUGACUUCAACAGCCUGAAGGAACGGAUGAUCCGAGACAGACUUGUUGUCGGGCUCCCCGACGCAAAGCUCUCGGCAGCCCUACAAAUGGACUCGCAGCUGACACUUGCUACUGCGCUGGCAAAGGCUUGCCUAAAGGAGAGCGUCCAACAGCAGCAGUGUACUCUACAGGGAGACGACGGCCAGUCAUCGGAACUUCGAGACCACGGCUCCAACGUAGACGCAGUGGCUCAACAGAACCGCCGUCAACACGGCCAGGCGCGUCCGCAAGUGCAACCACCGCCAGCACGGCGAAAGCCGGAGGAACGUUGCCGCUUCUGCAGCGGCGGCGCCCACCCCAGGACUGCCUCCCGGCUAGAGCUGCCAAGUUUCACCACUGUGGCAGCAAAGGACACUUUGCUAAAGCCUGUCUGA